AUGGGUGGAAGUUCCGAUACUCAACAUUUCUGGAUUGAUUUCCUCAUGGGAGGUGUGUCUGCCGCCGUGUCUAAGACCGCCGCCGCUCCCAUCGAGCGAGUCAAGCUGCUGCUCCAAAACCAGGAGGAGAUGAUCAAGCAGGGUCGUCUGUCUCGACCUUACAAGGGUAUCAUUGACUGUUUCCGACGAACUUGGGGAGAGGAGGGUCUGGCUUCUUUCUGGCGAGGUAACACCGCCAACGUUAUCCGAUACUUCCCCACUCAGGCUCUUAACUUCGCCUUCCGAGACAAGUUCAAGGCUAUGUUUGGCUACAACAGAAAGAAGGAUGGCUUCUGGCUUACUCUGUACGGUAACAUCGCCUCUGGUGGUAUGGCUGGUGCCACAUCUCUGUUCUUUGUCUACUCUCUCGAUUUCGCCCGAACUCGACUUGCCAACGACGCCAAGUCUGUCACCAAGGGCCCCGAUGGUAAGCCCGUUGAGGGCCAGCGGCAGUUCAAGGGUCUGAUUGACGUGUAUGUCCAGACCAUCAAGUCUGACGGUGUCCAGGGUCUGUACCGAGGUUUUGUCCCCUCUGUUAUCGGUAUUGUUGUUUAUCGAGGUCUGUACUUUGGUCUUUACGAUACCCUUAAGCCCAUUGUUCUUGUCGGACCUCUCGAGGGUAACUUCCUGGCCUCCUUCCUUCUUGGUUGGGUUGUCACCACCGGUGCCUCUACCGCCUCCUACCCUCUGGAUACUGUGCGACGACGAAUGAUGAUGACUUCUGGACAGAAGGUCAAGUACAAGUCUUCCAUUGAUGCCUUCUCCAAGAUUGUGGCUGCUGAGGGUGUCGGAGCUCUGUUCAAGGGAUGUGGAGCCAACAUUCUGCGAGGUGUUGCUGGUGCCGGUGUGCUGUCCAUCUACGACCAGCUCCAGAUGAUCAUGUGGGGUAAGAAGUUUUAA